UUAUCUUUUUUUUAAACAUUUUGGAAUCUCUCUCUAUAGCUAAGCAUUUGCAAUCUGCUUUGUUUAUUUUUGAAUACUUUUGUUUUGUUUUUAGGUUAUAUCUUUGCUAUAUUUUUAUAUUUUUUUUUCUAUGUUUUUUUAUUGUUUCUUCCGGCCUUUUUUUUGAUGCAUUUUUUUUACCCUCCACGACGUCUGAAAAAGUAAGGAGACUCAGCACGGGGGAAGAUCAGGGCUUGGAUGGCAUAUUAAGAGGAUCUUUAGAGUAUUCUGUCGAUGACAUCUUCUUUUAAAUCAUGGAUGAUAACAUUUUCUGCUUUAUUUUCCAAAUCUGUUCCAUUUUUAACAUUUUCUGAUGUAAAUAUUAAACAGACGAUUUUAGAUAUAUGGCCAAAGCAGGGACUUAAAGACCUGUUUCCUGCGACAAAGAUAGUAGAAAAAGAGCAUCCCGAUAAAUGGAGGUUUUUGUUGCCUCUUCAAUACCCAUAUCAUUCUCCUCAAUACCCAAUUGUUUUGUGUCAUGGGCUUGGAUUUUUUGAAAAGACACCGUCAUCUUUACCUAAAUUUCAACUUCAUUAUUGGGGAUCUAUUGUUGAAUCUUUAAAAAAAUUAGGAUGUCAAGUUUAUGUGACAAAAGUUCCAAGUACGGGUACGAUUGCACAGCGAGCUAGAGAACUUACUAAGCAACUUUCCUCUAUGGUAAAUGGUAGACGAGUAAAUCUUGUUGCUCAUAGUAUGGGGGGGUUAGAUUGUCGAUAUUUACUUUCGAAACGACUAUAUAAAGACUUUUAUCCUGUAUCUUUAACGACACUGUCAUGUCCUCAUCGAGGAUCUCCUUUUAUGGAUUGGUGUCGAGAUUAUCUUGGAUUAGGUCGAGUUUUCCCUCGUGUAUCUGGUACUUUAAAAGAAGAAGUAUUCUAUAAUUCUUGCAAGAAAUAUGAAAAUAGUUCUUCUAUUUCAUCGACUAUUUUGUCAAGUAUAAUGUUUUCGCAAACUAUGGAUACACCUGCAUAUGCAAAUUUAACAACUACUUAUUUAAAAGAAUCAUUUAACCCAUUUAUUUUGGACUCUUUAGAAGUUAAAUAUUAUUCGUUCGCUGCUGUAUCAUCUGUACCAAUAUGGCAUCCUUUAUAUUUUCCAAAUCAUAUUGUUUCGCAAGCUGAAGGCAUGGAUAAUGAUGGUUUAGUAAGUGUUAAAAGUGCAACAUGGGGAAAAUUGUUAGGCAUAUUAGAAUGUGAUCAUUGGGAAUUAAGAGGUAGAGGGCUAGGUGCUGGGACAGGAUUUAUUAAACAAAAUUUUGAUGUAGAUGAUUUUUAUUGCGCUUUAGCAACACAUUUGUGGAAUGAAAACUUUUAA